UAAGCUUGUGUUGUUCAUGGUGAAGUGAGUCCGUACCAUUGUACGAUGAUUUUGAACGUUAAAUUAUCAUCUUCGUUUCCAAUUAAAUAAAAACAACUUUAGGAUUUGCAUUGAGAAUUGAUUUUAUUCGUGAAAAAAGCGCAAUAUCCGCAUGCUAAACUAACGUGGUUGUGAGACGGAUCAUCUGGCCCGCUUGGGGCUAUCGGACGUCACUGACCAGCAGCCGCAAACUUUAACAAAAUGGGGGAAAAUCGUACAAAACGUGGAAAAGGAAUUCAAAAUGCUCAACUUCCAGGACCUGGACCUCAGCAUGGGGUGCGUUCUGCAGCACCCGCUCCUCCGCUAUCUAAAGAGUGCUGGCUCAGGCCACCUCCCCGUCGCGGCGGGAUUCACGGUCCCACUCCUCGUCACCGGAUGGGUCCACCGGGGCAGAGGUUUACUGGGCCCCCUCACGACUUCGGACCGCAGCCCUCGAGAAUGAGGAUGAUGGAUAACAUGGCAGAUCAAAGACAUUUUAUGAAUGAACCUCCCGAGUUCAUGAUGCGCGAACAGAUGAUACACGAUGAGCAUUUACACCCGCUGGAUUUCCCCGACAGACCCGGAUUCCGCCUGCCGCCGUUUAAUGAUGCUGAUCCGCGCUUUGACUCUCUGGAGUAUGAGUGCGGGCCGCGUUUCCGUCCUCCAGACUUCUGUCCUCCAGACUUCUGUCCUCCAGACUUCUGUCCACCUGAGUUUCGGGCUAGACCACCGAACUUCUUGCGGCCUGAGUUUGAGCGUGUUCCCGCGGGUGUUUGUUCACCAGAGUUCGACGAUAGACCAGGUUUCCCCAUGAUGAGCCCUGGAUUUGACCCGAUGGAGCGGUUUGGCCCAAGAGACCCACAUUUUAUGCAAUCAGUGAGUGUUCAUGGGAAUCAUGCAUUUGGAGACAGAGGAGGGUUUGCGGCACAGCCACAAGAUUUCCUGGGACCAGGUCCAGUACCACCACCACCAUCCGAGACAUCGAAAGACACCAAGAUCGAACCUUCCAAGACGAUGGCAUCAAAGUUGGCAAUGUUCAAGAAUAUUUCAGCAAACACUCCCCGUGGACGCUCAUUGGGAGUCAUUUCAUUUAUUGGUAAUAACUGUGGAUUCAUUGAACGGGAGGAUCUGAAGAAAUUUUCGUUUGUCUUUGAUGCCUUUAUUGGAAAGAGAUCAAAUCUGGUGCCUGGGGUUAAAGUGCAUUUUACUGCAUUGAAAAAUCUGGGAAAAGAAUGUGCGGUUGAUGUGAAAGUGGCUCCAAGAGGAACAGACGACAUUGACAAUACAGUGUAUGAGGGUGUUGUUACUACGGCCCUUCCUGAUGGCAACGUCAAGGAGCCUCAUCCUGGCUGCAUCAGGACCAUUCUCUCUGUGGAUCCCAUUAAACUGCCCUUUGGAAAGCAGGACACCAAUGUGACUCUUCUACUGUAUGAUCGUGUGGAGUUCCAGUUGCUGACAGAUCUUAUUACUAGGGAAAAAAGAGCCACAAACAUCAAACCAAAAACACCAGAGACUUUUCAGCUCACCAAGGAAAUCAGGGAGAUGGGUGUGAUCAUGAAAAAAACUGAUGGAACCUUGACCAUUACGACAGAGAAACAUAAUAACCUAACCGCUUCGGCUGCUGACAGUUUAUCUGAAGAUCAGCUGAACGCCAUGGAUGAAGUGGAGCUCACCGUUAUAACCGUGGACAACACAAUGAAGGCUGUCCGGCUCAAAAAGCUACCUGUGGGCUCAGUGACCUUUAAUCAACAAGCAAAUGGCAAUGAAAAUAAUUCUGGAGUAAAGGACAACAUGCCUGGCACUGCCCUAUUCAAAGACAAGUGGAAGCCGGUAACCUCGGAGGCUGGUUCUCAGGAGUUGGUUGUCUCCUACAAUGUGAGCAGUGAGAAAUAUGUGGGAACGAUUGUCAAAAUCGGGCCAAAGAAUUCCCAAACCCAAAAAAUGGAGCAGACGGACAAGCAAGAGCCCACUUUUGGUCUUCUGGUUACAAAAGUGGAGGGCACAGAGAAGUGCUUUUCUUUUAAGUCAGAUGACGUGAUCACAAAAGCCACCAUGAUGGUCGGUGACAAGGUCCAGUUCAACAUCUCAACCAACAGCGUAACCAAGGAGGAGUGUGCUGUCAACUUGGAGAUUCUGCCAGACACGUUCCUGAUGGAAUCUGAAGAGCAACGAAAGAUAGGGCUUGUUGUCAAGCUGGGUGAUAAUUCUGGGUUCGUCAAGACACAACAGGACCCUCAGCUAUUUUUUGACAUGAGUGAGGUCAUGGAAGAGACUAAACUCACUUUGUUUGAGAAGGUUGAAUUUGCAAUAUUACCGAAUGAAGCAGCUGGAGUGGGAAAUCGAGCUGUUCGAAUAAGAAGGCUGAAUGAGAGCAUCUUCUCAUCUGCACCAAAAAUCGAGGCCUUCGGGGUGAAAGAGAAGCAGAAGAAAAUGACCAUCAAAUUGCUUAAGGAUCCAAAAGACUAUAUCAAAGAAGAGGUCAAAGCAGAGGACAAAAGCAGUGAAUCUAUGGAUGUAGUCAAGCUUAACAAAGAAAACGACAAGGCAUUACCAUCGAUGACACUGAAGGAUCUGAAGAAGGAAAGAGAAAUGAAAAAUGAAAAAACUAAACUUAAAGGAGAUCUGGCACAGAGCAGUAGCAGGGAAAAUAGUCGGCGCAGGUAUAGUCGCAGCAGGAGCAAAAGCCGCAGCCGAGAGAGAAGCAGCAGCUACUACAGAAGGCGCAGAAGUUCCAGCCGUGAGAAAAGGGACGGCAGAUAUAGAUGCAGUCAGAGCAGAGAUCAUUCAGACAGAUACCAACAGAGUCGCAGCAGAAGCAGGGAGAGGAGCGGUCGGAGUGCCAGGAAGAGAAGUCACAGCCCAGAUGUUGGAGAUGAUCGUUACAAAAAACAUAGUAGUAGUAAAGAGUCUGGCAACCAAAAAAUAGCCAAAAACCCUGAGGACUGUGUAAAUGAAGAAAUAUUGAGAAAAAGGAGAGAGCUAAUGGAGCUCAAUGAGUUGAUUGCACGCAAGAAAGCUAUUGUCGCUAUGGAGCAAAAUGUUAAAAAAAUUGAGCCUGACAUUGAGGUAGACAUAGAACGUGGAAUUAAAACAUUUGAUUAUCAGCAUGUGCAUCGGGAGAGCAUGUGGAUGCCUGACCUAAAACCAGUCAAGUCCAUCUUGAAGAAACAGUCUGAACUUCCUGAUCCUCAAUCUCAGGUUUCUACAAGUAAGGAAACAGCGUUUGUAAAGAGUGAGAGUCUAAACAUGCAAAUUGGAUGCCAUCAAAGGAUGAGUGCCUUUGACCCGCCCCCCGCACCCACCUACUCUAAAUUUGAAAGUGAUUCUAAGAAGAGUUUGUCCACUGAAGGGUCUGAGAAGAUACGCUUAUCUGAGUUUGAGGAUCCAGUAUUGCAGAGGAAAAAAAAGCAAUUAGAAGAAUUAAGUGAGUCAAUAGCACGCAAAAGAGCGAUAAUUGCCAUGGAACAGAAGACCACAGCUUUUCGGGAUGCUCCUGCCGUGGAAAAGGAAUAUGAGUUUGACUCACAUUCCGAUGACCAGUUUGUAAUGUCUAAGGAGAAUUUAUGGAGCUCUGACAUAAAAACUGAGAUUCAGCCAAAGUCAAUUUUGAAGAAACGCUCCGAGCUUCUUAGCUCUCAGAGUGAAACAACCUCAGUUGAUGAUUAUGAUCAAUCAAGUCCAGAUGAUUUUGUUUUUACAAAACAACCUUCUCAGUCAACAAGGCCCUCAAAUCGACAGCCUGUUCAUUCUGAUACUUUGGGCUUAUUCAACAGGCUCUUAAAAGAGUCUUCUGCAACCUUGCAUGUAACUGAACCUUCCCCUUUUAACAAGCCAGUUGUACCACAGUCAGUCACGCAAGCAUCCAAUUUAAGGUCUCUACAUGACCCUAAACCUUCCAGCAUGUCCAAAGGUUGCAAUUCUCAAGAUGACCAGCAUUGGGGAUCAUCUCGUCAGACUAAUGAGCACCCCCAUAGCAGUAACCCAUCUACAAGCCAGGCCGCACCUUUAGAUCAAAAGCGAACCCUUACAACACAAAUGGAGCGUUUCCUUGGUGCUCUCAACAAGGCAGACUCCAGUAUAGUAAACUCAUUGUUUCAAGAGGCUAGAAAAGAUCAGGAUUUAAUGAGCACCCAGAAGCACUCUCAACCACAAUUGGAUAUGAACAUACCCUUCAUGGAUGAGUUAUACGAUCCUUUUAAGGAAGAUGAAGACAAUGGUCAUCAUCCCUUUAUAGGAAGAAGUAUGGGUAAACAUUCUGUCCGAGAACAAACUAAAAGCCCUGUGAAGACUGAAAGCCAUUUUUAUGACCCCAACAAAGAUGACCUCUUGCCUCAUGAGAGAGCUGUACAGGAUGGUAGUCACUUUUCUUGGCUUGUUGGAAUGAAGGAGGAUUUAGAACCUUUUGCAAAAGCUGAGAAGAAAAAGCCCUGUGGUCAUCAGUUGAAUUCGAAUAAUUGGAACACACACGAAGAAGACCCAAAUCGCUUCUCCAUGGGAAGGAAUCAAAAUGAAGAGGACUCUGAUCUGUAUGCAACAGAGCACAAACACUAUGCUGAUGACAACAGUGUCUGUAGGGAGCAUAGUCAGUCUGUUGAAUACCAGAACGUCCAUCCAAAUGUCCAGCACACUUAUGUAGAGGAAAAUGAGAUUCCUGAUAGCAAGUUUGACAUAAGCAUAGUUCGUCAGCAGUCCGAAGAAAGCAAUGAAGAUAAAGACAAAAAGACAGAGCACUUUGAAAAGAUUCAGAGUCUUCUUCAAACAGUUGGACUUCAUCUAGACACAGCUGAGGUUAGCAAAUUGGCAGACAGGACAAGAGAGCGGUUGUAUGGUAAGACAAUAAAACCUCAUAGUGCAUCUUAUUCCUUUGACCAAAAAAGGGAGCGAUCAAUGAGCGGAUCAGAGCAAAGGGGCAGUAAUAGGGCAGAUUCCUCAGAAUCUGAUGGCUUCCGUUCUGUUUCCCCAGCUCAAUCCUCUAAUCGUAAGGUUUACAUGAGCUACAAGGACUCUGUUAUAUUCAGGGAUGAGGACAAAUUGGAAGAUGUAGACCUAACCAGCCUUAAAAGAACCAUAAUGAACUUGAAAUCAACAAAAGACGCACAGAAACCUUCCAUAUCUGAGUCCACAUCAGUUUCUCAAGUUUUGUACCAACCUGCUUCGACGUAUGUUGUAUCCACAGCUCAACCUGGCAGUUCCCAGUAUGCUCAAAUUUCCACCAUUCCCGCUUUGUCAACUUCACAAUAUUCUUACCACAGUAAUGAACAAAAUCUUUGGGGUUCUGCCUCUCCUUUGGAUAGUAGUCAGAACACUAAUUUGCAGUUAUCUGCAUACCCCUAUGGCACUGUACCUCUACCCCCUAAUCUAGGUUAUGCCAGUGGUCAGCAAGUAAUGGCUCCACAUAUGAUGUCUUCUUAUAGUUCAUACACUACACCAAUGGGCAAUCCUUAUUCUGCGUGUCCUCCACUCACCAUGCCAAUUCCCUAUGGGUUUCCACCUAUCUCCAACCCUCUCCUCCUCUCUUCCACAAACUCAUCUUACCCUACCCUACAUGUUGGUCAAAACCUUACUGACAAAAAGACACAACCUGUUAGAUGUCUGAAAACAAUAGAAAUGACAGAAACGAUAGUCACGCCAGUUAAUGUUAAAGGAGAGCCAAAAGGAAUACCGAAAAAUCUCAAAAGAUUGCAGGUGUUGACAGAUAUCAAACUGGUCACUAACUCAACAGAGGAUGACAUCAAGGCUAAACAGAAGAAACGGCUUGAACAGUUUAACCAGAGAAUGAAGCUGAAGAAAGAGCAGCAAAUGGAAGCCCAGCGAUCACGUGGACAAAAUCGGAAUUCAGCACCAGGUACAAGUACCCCCAAUGAGAUAAAAAAUGUGUGGAUAUGUGGCCACUCUCUGGUGUUUUGGGCUGAGAAGAGGGCUACCUCCCCUGAGUUCGGUAUGCAGUUGGGUAUGCACCCAGACAGUGUACGCAUCUGGUGGAAGGGCGUGCAGGGCAUGAAGUGGGAACAGCUCUUGCCUUUGCUGCUCCAACUCAAAGACAACUGGCCCAAACCUGAUGUGCUUAUAGUCCACUUGGGGGGAAAUGACAUCAGUACAACUGCUCCAGAGGUCUUCAUUGAGACUGUGAAGAAAGAUCUGACCUCAAUUAAGAGCAUAUUCCCUGAAUGCCUGUUGGUGUGGUCCGACAUCCUUCAACGACAAACCUGGAGGGGCACCGAAGACAGCAAAGAAAUGGAAAUCUUUCGCAUGGCCAUUAAUGACAGUAUACAUCAAGUUAUGGCUGAACUUGGUGGAUCUUCUUUGAGCCAUGGCAACAUAAGGACCAGUUUGGGACUUUAUAGACCAGAUGGUAUUCAUCUCUCUGGUAAAGGCAUUGAUACAUUCAAUCUGAAUUUACAGGACUUUCUGGAAAAGUGGGAAAGUGAGAUUGAGUCAAAAACAGAGACAUCUGACCCAUCAAUUAAAUAAUGAAAUUCCUGAAAAUGUCAUUUAUUCUGCUAAUGCAGAUGUCGCUUAUAAAUUGGCAUUUAAUUCCUGGAAGUUUUGUUAUUGAUGUUCUUUUGCAGCUUCAAAAUCGAUUGUAAUACAGCCCAUGUACAAUGAAAUGUAAUCUGAUUUUUUUCUAUGCAUACAAAAAUUGGUUUGUCUGGUAAAAACAAUUUUUAUGUUUUGUUUUAUAUAUUCAGUUUAGUGUAAAAUAAAAAUGAGAAAAUGUAAUAACCUUGCUGGAAAAUAUGUGCUUUUUAAUUAAAGAAUAAGCUUUGAUUUUAUAAUGCAUGAGAUUUUGCAAAUGUAAACUGUUAUGUUUUUAAGAAUUUGCAACUUCUUUAGAAGGCAUCUUAAUAAUUGACAUGGGGGGGCACUUGAGAUAUAUAUAUAUAUAUAUAUAUAUAUAUCCGAACACACAUACCCCUUCUAAAGAAUGAGUGGUAGUUUGUAAAUUUUUCAGGGCAGUACUUAUCAGAUGCAUAUAUCACAGAAAAUACUGAUUUUCACAAGACUGAAAAACCUGUCAUUUACAAAGUUAUACACGUCCAUUGCUCUUUGUGUUCAUUCAUUAAUUGUUUUGGCUCAUUUGAUUAAGCUCUUAGCUAAACCAAUAAGAGUGUAUGACUGUCCACUCAUUUAAAACCAUUAUGCAAAUAUUCCGUAAAAUCACAGAACAUUUUAAAUAUUUUAUCAUAAAAUUAUAAAUUCAAGACUUGUAGUGUUCUCUUGCAAAUUUCCAAUACUGUGCAGUUUGUAUGCAUGCUAAUUUCACUUUAUUUUAAUGAAUGUACAUCCCUCUACAUGACCUGUUGCCUCUGUCCUAUGUAAAUGUAUUUAUAUUGGUGUCUAGUAGUUGCUUUUAUAUAGGCCUGAAGCAUCCGGUGUCUCAUGGAAUCAGAACAGGAUGGACGACUGAACAGAAUUUGUAUCCUUAAAGCCUCUACAAGGAUACAAAUUCUGAUCCUCUACAUCAAAUGCUCCAAAAAACGUAUGAAUUUAUGUUUUCUCUGCAUUUAAUUAUUAUACAUCAUGAAGGCGAAACACUCACUGGUUUUGAAUGGGUAAGUAGUCAUGCUAAAACUUCACUGAAAUGAAUUUUAAGGACACAGUAAUGAUGGGUGUAUUUCCUUUCAGAGAAAAAACUGCAGUUAAUGUGUUUUUGUUGUGAAUUCAUUUAGAAGAGUUAAGGGCAGUGUCCCACUAUCAUGGAAAAUCUGGAAAUUUGAAUGACUUCCAAUUUGAUGUUUGUGAUUUCCAGGCUUAGAGAAGGCACAGACAAGAAAAAAAAUCUUAUGGAUGGAAAUUUUUUUUUAAGUGAUUUGAUAUUUCUCCAAAAAAGAAAACUUUGCUCUGUGAGUGCGAUCUCUAAAAAUAUUUUAAUUAUUUUCCAGUUAUCAUGAUGUAUACAACAAUAUUACUUUUAUUGGUCUAAAUGAGU